CUCCCAUGGGAGCAGAGCUCAGCCAGAAUUCCACCAUGGAUGAUUCCUCUGAGGACCCUCCCACCUCUGCCGUGCUCCUGGACAGCUGCCACUUCUCCCAGGUGGUUUUCAACAACGUGGAGAAGUUUUAUGUGCCCGGAGGAGACGUGACCUGUCACUACACCCUCACCCAGAACAUCACUGCCCGGGGCAAGGACUGGGUGGGCAUCUUCAGGGUGGGGUGGAAAACAACCCGGGAAUAUUACACCUUCAUGUGGGCCCCCCUGCCUGCUGCUGGCCUCGGGGACACUGCUGUGCAGCAGAAGAUCCAGUUCAAAGCUUACUACCUGCCCAAGGAUGAUGAGUACUACCAGUUCUGCUACGUGGACCAGGAUGGGAUGGUCAGGGGGGCCAGUGUCCCCUUCCAGUUCCGGGCAGAGGCUGAGGAUGAUCUCCUGGUGGUCACCACACAGGGGGAGGUGGAAGAGAUCGAGCUGCAGAACAAAAACCUGCGCCAGGAGAACGAGGAGCUGAAGGCCACUUGUGCAAACCUCCAGCAGCAGAACCUGCAGCUGCAGGAGGAGCUCAAGAAGACACAGGAGCUGCAGAAAAGUCUGGAGUCUUUCAGGAGCAGCACAGAGAAACUGGAGCUGGAGCUGAACUCCCUGAAAAUGGAGAAUAAGCAGCUGAAGGAGCAGAGUGACUGCACAGGGGCAGAGCUGCAGCAUGGAGAUGUCCCCAGUGACAAACUCUGGGAUGGAAACACCCCCACUGAAAGGGGAAGGUUAUUUGUGGGUGAUAAAUUAUGCAGCCUGAGGCAGCAGGUGUGGGACAGCUCCAGCUUGGGGCUGCCACCCUUGGAUUUGCCACUUCCCCCUGAUUUUCCAACCCCUUCCCUUUCACAGCAGCAGGACCUGCUGAAAGAGCUGGAGGAGCAGAAGCAUUUGUUCCAGGUCCUGCAGGCAGAGAAGGAUGAAGCUGAUGAGGAAAGUCAGAAGCUGCGGGCUGAGAACAGAGCUCUGCUCAGGCACCUCUCCCAGGCCACCGAGUUCUCUCCCCUCUCCAACCUUCCCCAGGCUCCAGAUCCAACUCCAGCUCCUGGGGCAGGAGGCCUCGUGUUUGGAAAUCCAUACAGUGCUGCAGGAGGAAACCUGGGGGCAGGAGUUGAAGCCUCUCUCAGGGUGUGCCCCCUGUGUGGGGAGGUGUUCCCUGGGGAUGUGGAUCCCAGCCAGUACGAGGCCCACGUGCGGAGUCACCUCCUGGACUGUCCCAUGUGCCCCGAGAGCUUCGAGAACCAGCAGGUGUUUGAGGACCAUCUGCUCUGCCACAGGCUGGAAUAAAGCUGGAAUAAAUCUGGAAUAAAUCCUGCCUCUCUGUAGAAUAGGUGAGAACAGCCCAAAAUCCCUGUGCAGGCUCCACUCCUGCUGAACCCCCCCCAGGACUGACUGAGCUUCCAGCACAUGAAUCAGGUCAAACACCCACCUCCUGCAGCUGAAUCACCCUCAUCAAACUCAAAUCUUACCUUGGACAAAGUCUGUCUGCUUGUUAAACAACCUACAACUCCUGCAAUUAGUGAUUUAGUUGACUGAGUAACGGGGAUCCAGGUGAUGGGAUGUAGAGCAGCAGCUUUCUGUGCUUGGCUGAUGCACCUCCCAUGUGAUUAUUCUUUAUUUUAGCCCUCUGGUGGGUAACCAAAGACCAGAAGCAUUUUAUAGAACCCCUCAGGAUCACACUUCCCAGCUUCUGGAAUGCAGAAUUAACAAGGGAAAACCCAAAUAAAAAUACAUCUUCUUUCACCCUGCAAAGCAGGUGACAGAUAUUU